AUGCCGCUGAUGUUUGGAGUGAAGGGGGCUGGAGGUGGCCGGGUCAUUCGUAUGCUGAUCGUAGUGGUGGUCCUGUUUGCCGUGUGCUGGGGUCCUAUCCUCAUCAACAAUCUUCUGGUCUCUCUGCGUGUGCUGGAUUCGCUGCAUAUUGGCCACCUCAAGCCGUUACGUCAGGCCAUGUUCCUCCUUUCCUACCUCAACUCCUCCCUCAACCCGCUCGUCUACGGCUUCAUGUCUCGUCACUUCCGCCGUGGUUUCCGCGAGGCUAUUUGUGUGUGCUGCUCCACUCCGGGACGGGGGCGGGGUGAUGCCAGCUUCGGGAGAGGUCGGAGAGGCGGAAACACCCGAGGCUGCUACUUUGCCACCGGCGACGACUACCAAGCGUCUACGGUGAGGACGGGUACCAUUCGGCUGAGUCCGGUAACGGAGCAGGGCACGGUGAUUGACGAGGAGAGAUUGAGCGAGUCGCCGCUAGGCAGCGUUCGGUACAAGCCGGGCGGAGGGAGCAGGAAGAUCUGGGCCUGCAGAAACGACAAAGUUUCUCAAGUACUCGACAACAAAGAUGGCUGAGGGACAGCACAUUUACAUUUGUUUGUUGGUUUGUUUUUCUUCUUAGGAUAUUUCAAAUUAAAGAGAGACACAAUUAUAUGGGCAGACUCUUCUCCAAUAAAUAUCCUGUAAGUCUGAAAUGGAAAGAGACUAAUAGAGGGAUAAGGGGUGAAGCCCUGAGAGAAAGGUUUUUACCUAGCGAUGAAGCAUUUUUCAUAGACAAAACUCAAACUCACUAGGCUUAUGUAUACUAUUAUGCUCCAUGAGGCAAUACCACAUUGUGUGGAAACAAUGUUGUUGAAUUUUGUGAGCACGUCUCGGGGGUUAUGUUAGUGACGGCUCCGAAAGGUCGUACUCACGCUUACAACUAUACCCAGACAUAAAUGAAAAGAAAAGCAGAUAGUCAAAUUGUUUCGAGAAACGAGAACUAUCAUAACAUAUUUUUUUCUUCUUUGGAUUCAAUGGGCAAUCCGAGUCCGGAUUUCCAGAGGGAUAACAUGAUCUGGGAUUGGGAAAUAAGACAAAGAGAUAUGUAAAGCGCCGAUAUGACGUCACAUAGAAACCCGAUCUUUAAAAACUGUAGUCAAUAAUAUUUUUAUACAGUCAAAAAUAGCCAAAAACGGCUUCCUAUUCUCUGGGAGAAAAAAUAGUUGUCUUACACAAGAGAAUGUUUUGGACAAUGCCAUUAUGGUGAUGACCGUUAGAGCAAGUUCGAUUGCAUUUGAAUUCUCAGUUAUUUUGGGAAGGAAUGCGUUGCUGGCGCGCUGUGUUUGAUAGAAACAGCGUUGAUGACGAUUGGCCUUGAGGUCAAAUCCGAGAAGAGAUUGCAUGCAGGGAUAACAGUCCAGUCUCAGUCUCACCCCACUAAAACAUGCUCAGUGCGUCUGCCAGCGUCUGUGGUGUAGUGCUUGGGCACUUCGCCCUCGCACCCAGAAGACUCAGGUUUGACUCCCGUGUGGGAGAAUAUUUUAUCGAGUAUCUCGAUCUUUCUGCUGGGACAAUGUAUCUCUCUCAGCUCGGUUUGGAACCACCUGAUGUUAUAAUUUAUUGUGUCGAUACUUUGUUUAGAAAAAAAUCAGUGUGUCUCAGAAGCUGUCUAAAAGAAAAUUUCAAACACACAAUGUUUCUCCGACCGCACAUCAGGUCAUUACAUCAGCUCGCUUCGUAAACCAAUGUUGCAUAUUACUCUUAAACGUAUGUGGUUUGUUGUUUGUUUGUUUUAUAAAGAUCAGUGAAGGGAGAUGGUAGCGACUUUACUAUAUAGUUAGGGACAACAUCUAAAACGAUAGCGCUGACGUUAAAAAGGUUAGUUUAAAAAUCCAACAUCCAGAUAAAGCAGGUGUUACUGACUAACAUUAGAUUGUUGAGAAUGCAACAUACUUUAAUAAGUAGCUCAUAGAAGCCUUGUCAUAUUAAUUGUGCAAACGCUUUUGUAAACAUUGUAUUAGAAACAUUUGGAAUUAUGGGCAGCUACGUCAAAAUUCCACCUGGCGUCAUGGCUUAUAACUACCCCCCCCCCCCCUCCUCCCCAUCCCCCAGUCGGAGGCACCGAUUUUAAGUGACUUGAGAUCAUGUAUGCUUGAUCACAUCUUUUCAACGAAUUAAAAUCAUCCUUCAUUCUA